UAAAGGUCUUCCACUUCAGCAUGAUGAUACUGCCCAAAAAAAUGCGGCCACUGCUGUUUCUGGUUUCCCAGAUGGCCAUCUUUGCUCUCUUCUUCCAUCUGUAUGGCCACAACUUCAACUCCCUGUCCACGAAGGAGGAGCCCAAGCCCAUGCAUGUGCUGGUCCUGUCUUCCUGGCGCUCUGGUUCUUCUUUUGUGGGACAGCUUUUUGGGCAGCACCCGGAUGUCUUCUACCUGAUGGAGCCCGCGUGGCACAUCUGGAUGACCUUCACACACAGCACUGCCUGGAGGCUGCAUAUGGCAGUGAGGGAUCUGAUCCGUGCCAUUUUUCUGUGUGACAUGAGUGUCUUUGAUGCCUACAUGAAACCCAGUCCUCGAAGACAGUCCAGCCUCUUCCAGUGGGAGAACAGCCGGGCCCUGUGUUCCCCACCUGCCUGCAACAUCUUCUCCCGGGAUAUGAUCAUACCCCAGGCUCACUGCAAGCUUCUGUGCAGUAAACAGCCCUUUGAGGUGGUAGAGAAGGCCUGUCGCUCCUAUAGCCACGUGGUGCUCAAGGAGGUGCGCUUCUUCAACCUGCAGGUGCUCUACCCACUGCUGAGAGACCCUUCCCUCAAUCUGCACAUUGUGCACCUGGUACGGGAUCCCCGGGCGGUGUUCCGUUCUCGAGAACACACCAUACGGGAACUCAUGAUUGACAGCCGCAUUGUGAUGGGGCAGCAUUGGGAGAAAAUCAAGGAGAAGGAUCAGCCUUACUACGUGAUGCAGGUCAUCUGCCAAAGCCAGCUGGAGAUCUAUAAGGCUGUGCAGUCCUUGCCCAAAGCCCUGAGGCAACGCUACAUGCUUGUUCGCUAUGAGGACCUGGUCCAGGACCCCAUUGCCCAGACUGCCCAAAUGUAUAAAUAUGUGGGACUGAAAUUCUUGCCCCACCUCCAGACCUGGGUGUACAACAGCACUCGAGGCAAGGGCAUGGGUCAUCAUGCCUUCCACACUAAUGCCAGGAAUGCCCUCAACGUCUCCCAGGCCUGGCGCUGGACCUUGCCUUAUGGAAACGUUUCUCGACUUCAAAAAGUCUGCAAUGAUACCAUGACUUUGCUGGGCUACCACCUUGUCAGAUCUGAGCAAGAGCAGAAAAACCUGUCACUGGAUCUUCUGUCUACAUGGACUCCCUCCAACUAAGUCCGCCAAGAGGGUAGAAGAAGCUCUGUCCCCAACUGGCAUCAGCCUCAGCCCCAUUAACCAAAAGCU